GCUAUCCCCAAACCCAGACCCAAACACAAACCCCAACCCAGUCCCAAACCCGAGCCCAAAGUCGGUUCGGUUCUGUUGCAUUAUUCAUGCUCUUCUUCGACGUUGAGGCAACGGGAACGCGAGGCAUUCGACCCAUGGAGACGAAGAUGACGCUGCGCUUAGUCAGCAUCUUAUCGGCGGCAGUGCUUCUCCUCUGGCCCGCACAGCUGGAUGCAUUCAUCACACCGAAUACAGGCUGCCACCACAAUGGCACUUGGUUCGCCGACAAGUCGGUGGUGCCCAGCAUGGAGAAGUGCCUGAGCUGCCAGUGCAAUCGCAAGACCCUCGUGUGCCGCCUCAAGGUCUGCCCCGAGAUGCCCAUGCCCCCGCCCAGGGGCUGUGUGGUGGUCCAGAAGAAGAGCAGCUGCUGUCCGUAUCUGUCCUGCGCGCGGCUGGACGCCUUCUACAAGAUACCCACGAAGCGGCGCAUCAUCGCCUACUUGGAUCACUACGAGAGGGAGUCCAUCGAUCGGGUGGUCAACGAUAAUAUGCUGCAAAGACGCUCCGAUGAUUCGGACACAGAUUUGUUUGUUUGCGUUAAGAAUGGAACUGUGUACAAGUCGGGCUCGGCAAUGUCCUCGUCGAACCUCUGCAGCUACUGCUAUUGCAUAGGCGGCACCGAGAAGUGCGUCAAGCCCAAGUGCAUGCUGCCCCUCGACGGCUGCAAGCCGAUCUUCGUGGACUCCGCCUGCUGUCCCGUGCGCUACGACUGCAGCAGCAAGACCUCCGGCAAGUCGUCGCAGGAGGUGCGCUACCGGAAGACCAGCAACAAGCACUUCCAGCGGAUGUCGCAGCGCCUGCAGCGGAAUCGGGGCUGCACCGUCGGCGCCCAGUUCUACGCGGAGGGCCAGAAGAUGCGCUCGGACGUGGACAGGCCGUGCGACAUUUGCUUCUGCAUACGGGGCACGCGGCGCUGUGCCCCCAAGAAGUGCUCGCCGGCGCUCAAGAACUGCAUACCGGUGGUGCCCAAGGGCCAGUGCUGUCCCUCCAGCUACGACUGCGGCAGCCAGCGGGACUACCGCCGGUCGCACAACUCCCGCCAGUUCAACCUGUACAACAUGCUCUUCGGCAAGGAGGACCAGCAGGUGGAGGCGGUGGCCAAUGCGGCGAUAAUACCCCAGAACUCCAUGGCCGAGCGCUACCCGCACGACCGGCAUCCGACGCGAGCGCCUGCCGGCAAUCCCCUGGAGGCCAGCAGCGAGAAGAGCAUCCUGGACACGCUGCGCGAGGGCCUCGAGUUCAUCGACGGCAACAACAACCAAAUGCUGGCCAACAACCUCGAUCUGGUGGGCAUAAAGGCCACUCCCGCCCCCCAGCCGACGACCCGGGAGGAGCCCACCGCCGAGGAGGUCAGCACGACCUCCCUCAGCUUCCUCGAUCUGCUGCUGGGUCCCAGCACAGAGGCUGUGCCCCAGCCCGAGUCCACGACCACAAAGAACACCCUCUCCUGGAUGGACAUCCUCCUGGGACCCGACGAGGAGGAGCUGCCGCCCAUCACCGAGGCGUACGCAGAGUCCGGCACCGAAGAGUCCACGGCGACGCUGAACAACGGCAUCAAACGGAUCGCCGACGACUUUGACGAGCAGCUGGACAACGGCGGCAUUGCGGUGGGGGAGCUGCCAGCCGAGGCCCAGCACAUUGGCCUGGCCAAUGCCGGUAUUUGGCCAACACCGAGCCAGGAAAUGAAUCCACCCCCCAAGGAAGAGCCCAGCCUGCUGAAUGCCUUCAUGGAUGGUCUAUCGGGGAUGCUGGAGGAGUCCAGCAAUGACACCACUAGCACCACCACCACAACAACAAUGAGAGCACCCACUGAUCGACCAGCGCCCAUGUUCCGUCCUUUGCCGAGCCACAAACUGACCCACAAUCGAAUCAACUCGAAGCUGGCGAAUCUCACAGUGACGCCACCCAUGCUGGUGACCCACAGGGUGGGCACAACCACCAGCACCACCACAAGACAGCCGACAACCAAGACGACAACAAUUAGAACCACACCAAAGCCGACAACAGCCAAACCGAGGCCGAAAACCACCAGAAAGACAACCACAGUGGCGCCCAAGACGACUCCAACAACCACCAGCAGCACCAGCACCACAACAACAACAACAACCACCGAAAGACCCACUACAAAACAAACAACAACAACAACAAGAUCCAAAUCAAAGCCCAAACCGAAGCCCAAGCCAAAGCCGUACAUCACGAGCACCUCGAAGCCUUUGGUGAUCAAAACGAAUCCCACAAUUCUGGAGGCCGAACCCCUGGACUCCAAUGCGGAGCCCACAUUGCCGCCCAGUCUGCCCAAUCUGAAGAUCAUACCCUUCCUGCCCACGGAUGCGGUGGAAACAGUGCCCCAGAGCGGCUUCUAUCAGCCGCCGUUGGGCGUCACCGCCGCGGCCGACGAUUUGGUGGCUCUGUACUCGCAGCCCGAUCCCGACCAGGCCGCCUACAAGUACAAGUUCAAUGUGGAGGUGCCUGCCGCCGAGCCCGCCCCCGAGCCCGUGGUCCAUGUGGGCGGGCAGUACCAGGGCAGUGCGGCCUACGUGAAGUUCGACUUUGAUCAGCAGCAACAGCUGCAGCUGCAGGCGCAGCAGGUGGUGGUGCCGCCAGUCCACAGUGGCUUCUCGCCGCCCACCGAGACGGAGGGCGGCUUCAUGCCCAAAGAACCGCUGGUGAUCGACGGGGAGGUCCUGCAGGAGCAUGUCACCUCCUCCUCGAGUGUCCUAAGCGGUGGCCUGCCCGAUAGUUAUCACGUGACGCAGCACGUAAUCGAUAUAUCCAUGCCAGGCAACGAUACUUCCUCGAUAGAAAUCACCACGCCGGACCCCUUCAAGGAUGUGAUUCACACCGAAACGCCGCCCAAUCUGGAUACACUAAUCGAGGAUAAGGCAGCGAACAAGCAGCCGAUUGAAGAGCACAUUGAGACCGUCACGUACAGCAUCAGCAACUCGACAAGCGCCUCGGCCUCUUCGGCCCCAAUACCGCUCAUAGAUAAAUUCGAAAUCAAUAAAUUAGAUAAGCUCUUGGAUGAGCUGUUGGGCAUGGAACUGCCCCAAGCAGCUGGCAGCACAGUGCCGCCCUUUAAGCAGAUGCCCGAAAAGAGUCCACAAACGACAACAACAACAACAACAGCCCCAACAACAGCCCCAACAACGACUACAACAACAGCCCCAACAACGACUAUCAGCAGUUCAACGACAAGUGCCACAACGACCACAACAACGACGACACGUGCCCCGGCCCCGGCCAAAAAAGGCAACAGUAAAACGAAAACCAAACAAUCGACGGGCAAUAGACGCAAUCCGGGGCCAAGUAGAACCAAAGUCCAAACAGCCACCCGUCGAACGUUGGUCAACAAACAAGGGGGUGGGGGAGGGGGAGGGGGAGCCACACGAGUGUCACCCACAACAACGAGAGCCACAACAACAACGAUGGGAAGUACUGGAACUACAGGAACCACAGGAACAAGCACUAUGCAUCCGUUUUUAAAUUCACCAUUCGACAAAUUACCGUUCAUGGACACCAGCUAUGAGGUGAGACCGCACAGAUUGCAGCAGGUCGAGCCACCGGAGCAGCAAUUCCACCAUUACCAGCAUGCCCCAAGUUCAACAACAACACCAACAACAACCACAACAACAACUGCCACAGAGGAAGCUCCCCGCUCAGUGGACAGAGAGAGGGAGAGGGAGAGGGAGAGGGACAGGGAGAGAGAGAGGGGCAGCAGCGAUGAGAGCCACAUGGCGGAUCCCCUGGGCAUGCUGAAACUGGCGGGUUGCAACAUUUAUGGCCGCAUGUAUCGCGUCGGUCGGAUUAUCGUCGAAUUAUCCAGCCAGUGCCUGGAGUGCAAGUGCACCGAAGUGGGGGUCAAGUGUGGCCCACUAGACUGUUAAUUUACAACGUAAUUUAGAAGCUUAGAAGCUUAGAAGAGUAAAAG